CAGUGGUGGCGGCAGGCGGGGGGGACCGGAUGGGCAGGAGGGCGGGGUCUGGAGGAAAGAAAGAAGGAUGGUGAGGCCCCGGAUGCUGAACCGGAUUGGGUCCGAACGUUCUGCGUCCCCUCGCUGGCGAAGGGGAAGAACUGGAGGGGCCGGAUCGGGGCGGAAAGGGGCAUCGGAGCGGAGAGGAAGCGGAGCCUCGAGGGCCCGGCGACCCUGCAGGCGGAGCUGAUGCUGGAGGCUCCCGGCCCCGCCGCGGGGGAAAGUCGGCCUCGGAGGAGUUGUUCAACCCCCCGCCCGCUUCUCGGGUCGUUCUCUGCAGACCCGUCGUCGGCCGGAAAGGUUGCCUGCGCUUCCGAGCUGCGCUUGCAUUUAUCAUCUUUGAAAUCCAACAACAAUGGAGAAGACUCAAGAAAAAGUCCAAAGAAUUCUUCUAGAACCCUACAAGUACUUGCUUCAGUUACCAGGUAAGCAAGUGAGAACCAAACUUUCACAGGCAUUUAAUCAUUGGCUAAAAGUUCCAGACGACAAGCUUCAGAUUAUCAUUGAAGUGACGGAAAUGUUGCAUAAUGCCAGUUUGCUCAUCGAUGAUAUCGAAGACAACUCGAAGCUCCGACGUGGCUUUCCCGUGGCGCACAGCAUCUAUGGGAUUCCGUCUGUCAUCAAUUCUGCCAAUUAUGUAUAUUUUCUUGGCCUAGAGAAAGUCUUAACUCUUGAUCACCCCGAUGCAGUUAAGCUUUUUACGCGCCAGCUCUUGGAACUCCAUCAGGGACAAGGCCUGGAUAUUUAUUGGCGGGAUAGCUACACCUGUCCCACGGAAGAAGAAUAUAAAGCUAUGGUGCAGCAGAAGACAGGUGGACUGUUUGGAUUGGCGGUAGGUCUCAUGCAGUUGUUCUCUGAUUACAAAGAAGAUUUAAAGUCACUACUUGAUACACUUGGGCUCUUUUUCCAAAUUAGAGAUGAUUAUGCUAAUCUACACUCCAAAGAAUAUAGUGAAAACAAAAGCUUCUGUGAAGAUCUCACGGAGGGAAAGUUCUCGUUCCCUACUAUUCAUGCUAUUUGGUUCAAGCCUGAAAGCACGCAGGUGCAGAACAUCUUGCGCCAGAGAACCGAAAACGUAGACAUUAAAAAAUACUGUGUACAUUAUCUUGAGAAUGUGGGUUCUUUUGAAUAUACGCGGAAUACUCUGAAAGAGCUUGAAGCUAAAGCCUACAAACAAAUUGAUGCGCUUGGUGGGAACCCUGAACUGGUAGCUCUAAUAAUGCACUUAAGUAAAAUGUUCAAAGAAGAGAAUUAGUAAUAUUAAGCCGUUCUUGAUUAGGCCUGACAGCUUAUUUUAGUUGGUUAUUUUUUUGUCUCUUAGCCUAUCUUUUUAUAAAUUUGGAGCAAGCUGUUUGUCUCUAUGAACUGAGUGGACAGGGGCGGUGUGGGGGAGGUGGUUUCCAUGUAGAGCCACUCUGUAAUCAUUGUACAGAAUUGAAGGACCGAGAGGAGUCACAUUUAAAUAGGUGUCAUGUGAAUGUCACAGUGUGCUGUGUUGGGUCCUUGUGGCCAACUCUGCCAUGAGUGUUUGAUUGAUUCUGUCAAUAAAGAAUUCGACUUCCGUC